ACCGUACGACCAUGAAAAUACAGGUGCUUGCUGCACUUCUUUCCCACAAAGCCGGUCCCAAGACUCAAUUUGAUGACAAAGAAUAGACGGCGAGUCUCAAGACAGUCUGAUUACAAAGGACAGAAGAUAUAGGUACUGCUGACCAGCGCUCUGUGACAAAAAUCCGGCGUAUAAUCGAGUGAUGAAGUGAAUAAAAAGCCUGGCAGUACCAGCGCCGUUCUCAUCCUCAAAUGCAGUCCCACACAUACAGCGCACCGGCAAGCUACGUAUCUUCGCCGUCCGGAGACCCGUACAAAUAUCAGGUAGGGUUUGGAAACCGUUUCGCUAGCGAAGCUAUCCCUGGUACCCUUCCCCAAGGGCAGAAUCACCCGCAGAAGAAUAAGUAUGGUUUGUACAUGGAAGGGAUGACGGGCUCCCCGUUCAUCGCACCCCGGCAUCAAAAUCUUCAUGCGUUCAUGUAUCGGAUCCGGCCAUCUCUGGACCACAAGAAGUUUGUUAGGCUCCCUGAUAACCCAGAUAUGGAAUCCAACUUCCUUCCCAUCAAUCCGAAGGUGCGCAUCAGUCCCACGCAGCUAAAUUGGGCUCCUCCUGUCCUCCCCUCGUCGUCGGAUGAAGUGGACUUCAUCGCAGGUUUGAAGACGAUUGGGGGGAACGGCGAGCCGACGUCCAGGGAGGGCCUAGCACUGCAUUUCUACUCGGCGAAUGCGGACAUGAAGAAUAAAGCGUUUUGCAACAGCGAUGGGGAUAUGCUGGUGGUGCCACAGCAGGGGAGGUUGGAUGUACAGACCGAGUUUGGGAGAAUGAUGGUGCGACCCGGGGAGUUGAUGGUUAUCCAGAAGGGUAUGAAAUUCAAGGUGUCGUUACCCGAUGGACCGUCCAGAGGAUAUGUACAGGAAAUCUUUGGUUCGCACUUCGAGCUUCCAGAUCUCGGACCCAUUGGUGGACACGGAAUGGCUAAUCCGAGGGAUUUCGAGGUGCCUUUGGCGAGUUUUGAGGUUGACGAAACGUCCUGGGAGAUCGUCUACAAGAUCGGAGGACAACUUUUCUCUGCUGCGCAAGACCAUACCCCUUUUGACGUCGUGGCGUGGCAGGGAAACUAUGUCCCGUAUAAGUACCCGUUGGAGAAGUUCAUUUUUGUGGGGAGCUUGUUCAAGGACCAUAUGGACCCUUCGGUUUUCACGGUGUUGACUUCCAAGUCCAAGGCCGCCGGGAUUCCACUCGUCGAGGUUCUCGUCGUCUCUGAGAGGUGGGAUGUCGCGACUGACAGUUUCCGACCACCUUAUUAUCAUCGGAACAACGCCACUGAGAUUUUGGCUCCAGUAUUUGGUAAACCUGGUGAUCGAUUCGUACCUGGGGGCAUCACCUUACAAACCGUGUUCUGUCCUCAUGGACCACCUCCUGACGUGCACAAGGCUGCGAGUAUAGCAGAACUCAAACCAGAGCGAAUAAGCAAAGACAGGAUGGCUAUUGCGUUUGAGACUCCGAUGGUGUUGUCGAUGACUGAUUAUGCCAUGAAUCGGGCUGGAACGGUUACUGAAUCCGAACCAUUGUCUUUCCCACCAGACUUUAUUGCUCAUCUCGAUGAAAUCAAUGCCGACCUCAAGGCUGCUGGAUACGAUGAAUUGAAGAAGAAAUCUGGUUGAAGAGAUGGAUAAUAAUGUGUUUCGUCAUUAUGGGACUAUUCUUUAUCGACGACAACUGCCUACAUCAACAUCCUUAACCAAACUAUUGGAAUCUGUUUUCUCUCUUCAUUUCUCCUUUUCGUUCAGAGAUCGAGAACUAUGUUAAUGCAUAUGCUAUGCAAGUCCCAAUGUUGAUUCCAUUCCUUCUCCGUGGCUGGAUGCAUCACUCACU